GUCACCAAAUUGACGAGAGAGACUCUCUCCUUUCAAACUCUUUUUCAGUUUCAACUUCUUCGUCUCCCUCCCACACCACCUCUACAUAUAUACAUUCGAUUCACAGUCUAUAUAUCUUCUUCUUCUAUGCCUCUGGCGUUUCUCUCGCAUGGCGGGUCUAUACUCUUCCUCCUCCUCCUCGAAACCCACUCUGUCUUCUUCUCCUUCUUCAUCAUCUUCCUCGCGUCUUUUCCUGCUCGUGACCCUUCUUCCUCUCUCUCUCGCCUGUUUCGCCUUCGUUCUCCAAUGGCGUGGCGGUCUCGACGACCCCGUUACGCAUUGGUCAAUAGAUCAUCACGAGUUUCCCGGAAUGGUUACAACCCAAGAGAAACGGUCUCUGCGUCGUUCAGUUUCUGAUUCGGGUUGCGUUGAUCUUCUAGGUCAGAGUCGUUCCCCUUCGUUUCCUUAUUUCCGGAAUUGGAAAUUUGAUUACCACUCGGAUCUGAAACCCAGGAUAUGCAUUACAACAAGCACUUCUGCUGGCUUAGAGCAAACAUUGCCAUGGAUUUACUUUCACAAAGUUAUUGGAGUUUCAACAUUUUAUCUAUUUGUUGAGGGGAAGGCUGCAUCUCCAAAUGUGUCUCGAGUUUUGGAGACCAUCCCUGGUGUAAAAGUUAUUUACAGGACAAAGGAAUUAGAAGAAAAACAGGCUAAAAGCCGGAUAUGGAAUGAGACUUGGCUGUCGAGCUUCUUCUACAAACCGUGUAACUAUGAAUUAUUCGUGAAACAGUCCUUGAACAUGGAAAUGGCAAUCACCAUGGCUCAGGACGCUGGUAUGGAAUGGAUCAUUCAUCUUGACACUGAUGAGCUUAUACAUCCUUCUGGAACCCAUGAAUAUUCUUUACGCAAGUUGCUGGGAAAUAUUUCUGCAGACGUGGAUGUAGUUAUCUUUCCAAAUUAUGAGAGCAGCGUUGAGAGAGAUGAUAUCAGGGAACCUUUCAGUGAGGUAUCAAUGUUCAAGAAGAAUUUUGACCAUCUUCUGAGAGAUGUCUACUUUGGAAACUAUAAAGAUGCCACUCGUGGAAAUCCAAACUAUUUCUUAACCUAUGGAAAUGGGAAAGCUGCUGCCCGUGUUCAGGACCAUCUUCGUCCCAAUGGUGCUCAUCGAUGGCACAACUACAGAAAGAGUCCAAAUGAGGUCAAACUUGAAGAAGCUGCCGUGCUGCACUAUACUUAUCCCAGAUUUUCAGAUCUUACUUCAAGACGUGAUCGUUGUGGCUGUAAGCCCACUAAAGUGGAUGUCAAGAGAUGUUUCAUGCUAGAGUUUGACAGAGCUGCAUUUAUUAUUGCUUCAACAGCGAGUUCAGAGGAAAUGCUGCAAUGGUACAGAGAGCAUGUUGUGUGGACUGAUGAAAAAUUGAAGUUGAAACUCCUUAGGAAGGGAAUUCUAACCCGCAUUUAUGCUCCCAUGGUUAGUUCCACAAACUCAAACCACGCUCUUUAUUUGACAUGAACGAUCAGUGUUUGGUUUUCCACAAGCUAUCAUCUCUUACAGGUUAUAAUCCAAGAGCUAAGAGAAGCGGGUGUUUUUAGCUCUGUGGUAAUCGCAGCUCACAAGUCUCCUUCGAAGAACUCUUCAACUGCUGAUUCGACAUCAGGCAUUACCCGAGAAUCAUCUCAGGAAACUGGUAAGAGGAGGGUGUUGGAAUUCCAUCUUGAUGUUGACGGUGAAUCCCAAGCAUCAGCGGUACCACCACAAUCGCCUCCAGGCUUGGAAGCAACCCAGAUGGAACUAUAAUAUGAAACGUGUUUACAAAGGGUGGGAUUUUUUAGAAUGAUUUAUGAACAGUUUUGAACCUGAGCUCUGGUGUACAUUUAGGAAAGUUUUCGUUUAGGUUAUACACACAGAUGAUUCUACAGGUGAAGAGGAAUGUCAUAUAGCAGGGGUUGUAUCAUACUUGAUGAUUCUAUAACUUGGAAUACAAAAUCAUUGUCUUCCAGAUCGGACUACUAGUCUUCUUUUGUGCUCCUUUAUCUUCAUAUGUACAUGAUUGAUCCUCAGCAUUACACACUUGUGGUUUUUCUUUCCUCUCGCUCUGUUUUGCUAGGUCCUUAUCAAUUAGGAAGGUUCUGCAAUUACGUUUCCAGAACUCCUGUCAUCAAGUAUCAAAUUAUCUCUCUACCUUCCAUUCUUCAGAUUUAUGGUUUUCCUGAAAUGUGAAGUUUGGUUUCUCA